AAUCAUUGAUUUCCUACAUUGCACGGUAUUUGUUCUUGUUUGUGAUCAUGGCACCUGUGUCACUGCCUCCAGGUUUCAGGUUCCAUCCCAGUGAUGAAGAACUCUUAAGUUAUUAUUUGAAAAGAAAAGUGCAUGGACGUAAGAUUGAGCUGGAUAUCAUUCCAGAAGUAGAUUUGUACAAGUGUGAGCCUUGGGAUCUACCUAAUAAGUCUUUUCUGCCCAAUAGAGAUAUGGAAUGGUAUUUCUUCAGUCCUCGAGACAGAAAGUAUCCCAAUGGUUCACGCACAAACAGGGCCACUGAAGCUGGUUACUGGAAAGCAACUGGGAAGGACCGUAAGAUUAUCUCACAGUUGGUUGUGAUGGGAAUGAAGAAAACCCUAGUUUUCUACACAGGCCGGGCUCCACAGGGUAAAAGAACAGAUUGGGUGAUGCAUGAAUAUCGUCUAGAUGAAAUGCAAUGUGUAGGUGCAGCUGGUUUGCAGGAUGCUUUUGUCUUAUGCCGCAUUUUCAAGAAAAAUGGAACAGAGCAUAAGAAUGGUGAACAGAAUGAGGCACAAAUAGAUAAUAAUAUCUUGUCUUCUUCGAUGAGUAAUUCCUUUUCUGAAACUAUGUCCUCAUUUGGUUAUGUUCAAGAGUGGUCAGAGAAAAAAUACUCACAAAUCAGGCAGGAGGAAGGUGGCAUCCAGGCAAAUUUGGCAUUGCCCUCAGAAACUUCAUCUGAGAAUCUAAAUGAUAAAAAUGAUUGUAAAGCUCCUCAAAGUUGGUUGCUGGAAUCUGGGUUCAGUGAUACAAAUAAAAAUGGAAAGGACAGCUCUGUAUUUGAGGGCCCAAGAAUUCAGGAAGAGUUUCCUCACCCAAUGAUAAAAGUAGAGAACAAUCCAGGGUAUCUUGGUGAUGUAAAGUUGAACGUGCCAAGAACUCUGAGUGGGUCUCCUCUAACUAAGAAGCUGAAUGAUCACUUUGAAGAAGAAGACAUUUUACAGAAAAUUUUAGAAGUUGCACAGGCAUCACAGAAUUGUAACACUCAUCUGGGACAUUCUUUCUCAGUUGAUGGUUUUGCUGAUAACUUAAUCAGAGAAUCUGUACUUGAGAAUCAUUUACCUUGUAUGGGGAAUAAUUAUGAGAUUUUUAAGGUGGAGGAGAUGAAUGGAUCACCUUGUGAGGAUAACUAUCUUCAGGAGGGUUUUCUAUCUUCAACUUGGAACACUUACCCAGAGAUGUUAUCUGGUCAAGUUCAAGCAGAGUUCCAAGACAAUGGGUCAGUAGCUUUGCAAAGGGAAAAGAUCAAUUUAUGCAGAUGGCAGUAUUCAUUAGCAUUAUCAAAUUCAUUGGACUUUUCAGAGAUGGAUGACUGCUUGAAUAUCCCAGAGCUUUAUUCAUGAGCAGAGCUUUUGGCCUGGUUAACAGAUCAGCCCUUUAGUUUUUCUGGACAACAGCAGAUACAUCAGAUAUUAUACCUUACAAUAGCCAUUAAGAUGUAAAUACACUUAUUCAUGGUAUUAUAAUUUUGCAAAGUGUGAAAGAGAACCAGAUACAACCAAUACCUAGUAUUAUAGCCAGAUAAAGAACUAGUAUCAUAAGCAGUUUUAAUUUCCAGUGCAAUAAGCUCUGCCCUCCCUUGCAUAUAAUUUUUCAAACCUGCAAGGGAAUGGAGCUAUAAGUAAAGCUUCACAAGCUGCAGAUUUUCGUUUCUUCUCAGUUCUGAAGAUUUUGUAGUCAGAGAAUGGCAUUCGUUCAAACUCAUCUGAAGGAAUAUUGGGCUCUCUGUGUUUUGAUAUAAGACGAAGUCAAUGUGCUUUUUUCUGGAUUAGAUCAUGUAGAUUUUUUUGUCGCCAAACUAACAAGAGGAAGUGAUUGGUUUCUAACCUGUCUACAGAUUGUUUAGGCUUAAUUCAUGCUGCACGGGGAACACAAUGAGCUGGACAAUUCUGAUAUCAAUAUUUAUUAGAAGGAAAGAAGAAAUCAAAGGAUGUAGCAAUGGGAUUUUUUUGAGGGUGGUCCAAAACAGUUUUGACAGUCUAUAUUUGAAGCAGGUUGUCUCCAAACAGUAAUUUGGGCAAUUUGCAUUGGCAAUAUUAUUGUAAAAUACAUACCUAGCCUUCUAUAAUCUUAUUAAUUGUUAAGGGGAUCAGAAAUUAACAGAGUAUAAGCAAUGUAAUGGGGUCUACAGUUUCAAAAGAAAAACUGAAGACUUCUCCCUGUCAUUUACAAAGGCUUGAAUUACUGAGGAGUUAGUUGAGUUUCCUCAGGCGAGUGGUAGGAGGUAGCCCCAUAUAUGUAAGGGAGCAAAAUAGUGAAUAUAUUUUUGCCUAUUAUAAUGAUAAUACUAUGACGCCCAUUUGUGAGACAUAGCAUAUAAAAAUAUGUAGUGUGAACAGGAAGCUGGAAACAGCAUUUAAAUCAAUGCAAGAAAGUUUCAAUAGGCAGUGAAUGUUGAUUCAUGA